UGGGAACGCAUAACAACGUGUUUUUUCUAAUUAAAAUGUUUAUGAAUAUUUGUUCUUAAAAUAAUAAUGAAAUUCUCUAUUGAAAAUAUUAUGUGUAUUAUAAGGAACUCUUUUAUUCAUCUAACUUCUAUUUGGAUUAUCCCUUCGAAUACUCAAUUCAUUAAGAAAUAAACAUAAAUUAUGUCUUUUUUCACGAGUAAGACGGAUGUGACAUCUAUUUUAAAGACGUUUUCUGGUGUAAAACGACAUCAAGCAAAUGCCGUGGCCAUCAACAAAGUUCGAUUUUCCACACCCAAAGAGAAAGGCCUCGCAGAAUCAGUGCGCGUGGCCCUAGAAGAUCGAAAUUUCCAUCUGGUCAAGGAGUUCACAUACUUCAUCCGGGAAGCAGAACUUAGCGAUGGCGAGGUUGUUUUAAUCAUGAAAGAUGCCAAACGAAUUGUUCACAAUUUGACUCCUGAGUUUGUUACCGUUGUCGAGGCUUUACUGUCCCUUAACUGGAGGAAAAGAAGUUCAGAGAUAAUCGAAGCUUAUACUGAAUUUUGUAUAGAAUUACUGGUGGCUCACAAUAGAUACUUACCUAUUGGAGUGUCCAAACUUAUUGUCCAUUGGAUUCCAGGAGAUUUGGAUGAAUCCGAGUGGGUCAACGGAGGCCCUUCGGAAAAUACGCGAAAUGAGUUGAAACCUAUCCAUAAAGUACUGGAUCGCAUUUUAACUGCCGUGCCAAUGGCAUUUGAUAUUAUGAUUGAUGCGAUAUCCGCCAAAUUCCCCUAUUUUAAAAAGCCAUGCCAUGUGACGGCAGGGUAUUUGUAUAACGUGCUUUGGUUGUUAGAGUACAAGCCUAUAUUCGAGGAACUUGUUUUACAACUGGUUUUGCAAAAGCUUUUAUUGUUAGAUGUUAACGCUCCAAAAGAUGAAAUUGAAUUAGAAAUGAAUGAUCAGGAGGACAAAGUGGAAUCGGAUACCUUGUUUGAAAUAGACGAUGUACUCGUCGAAAAUUUAACCAAAACUGAAAAAUCUGUGAGUCAUCCUGUUGGCAAAACCUUGGAUGUAUGCCUACUCUUGCUUUAUGAGUUUUUUGAUGGCAAGUGUCGAAUUAAUGAAAACAGUAGCGACCAACAGCGAAGGACUGCUAAUCGAUUAUUUAAGAUGUUACUUUAUUUAUUCGACGAAGUGUUAUUACCCAGCCACAAUACACAUCAUGUACAAUUCAUCUUAUUUUAUGUAACAAGUCUGCGGUCUGUGUAUUCCGAAGCAUUUCUUGACUCGUUAUGGUUGAAAGUUCAAAAUCCGAAUGUAUCGGCCGUAAUUCGUCAUGCUGCAGUGGGGUACAUGGCUAGCUUUUUAUCCCGCGCCAGAUUUUUGUCACUUAGCACUGUUAUUUUCUACCUAAAAGAAUUGACAAAGUGGGCUCAUACAUACAUAGAUGACUCGGAUGCAUAUAAGCAUAACUGCUCUCUGAAGACCAAUUUGGUUUUCUAUUCUGUUUGCCAAGCUGUGUUCUAUUUAAUUGCAUUUCGCGCAAAAGAUUUGACUGCCAGUUCAAAAGAUUUGCUGUUCCUUCAAUCCCUUCAACUAUCGCGCCUUGCCAUGUGUCAUUUAAAUCCCCUGCGUUAUUGUUUAGCCCCAGUGGCUACAGCUUUCGCUGGUGUUACAAGAACUUACCAAUUGGCCUAUUGUCAUACUGUUUUGGAGCGCAACGCUCGCCGUAAGCUUGCUACAGUUUACGGGCAUGAAAAAUUCAUGCCCGAUGAGACACUGGAGUCGUUCUUCCCCUUCGAUCCUUAUGUACUUAUGUUAUCAAAAAAGUAUAUUGAGGCCAAUUAUAUGGUUUACCAGAGUAAUGACACGGAUGAGUGUGUAUAUGGGUCUAUUAAAUACGACCAUUCUAGAAAACGUGGUGACUCGGAAAUGCUAGAAGAAGACGAAUUCCUAAUAGCGGACAAACGCCAAAAGAAUUUCGAACUGUCUAAAAGUCAAGAAUUGGACAAACAAUUUCACUUCGGAUCUUCGCCAGGAUUUUACGAAUAAGUACUAAUGUUUUCUUCGAAUUACCAAUAAAAAAAGAAAUUAGAAAUGUAAUGCAAUUUUAAAAAACCAACCUUAUUGAUAUCUACAAACUGGGAUCUAAGGUAACAUCCAAGGUUUUACUAAUAUCCUGUUACUUGAGUGUUACUUAUCCUGGUGCUAAAAUAUAUUUUACCAUUUUCGUCGCGGUAAUGGGAUGCGCAUUAUGAUACAUGACACUAUAAAUUAGCUUUUCACGCAAUUACAGAUGUUUUACCUUCUGUUUUGUUUUAUUGUGCAGAUAUAAUGAUUAGCUAGUGAUAAUAUUACACCAUUUGUUUUUGUUUUGAUCUUCUCGCACUUUUGAGCGAAGCUAGCACAGCGUACGAAAUAAUAGUGGUCAAGUAUUUGUAAACAAUAAUAAGCCGUGCGAAUUAAUAGUGGUCAGGGCUCGUAAUUUGGACAAAGAUCAUAGUUUGGCAAUUUAAGCAUACGUACCGAUGAAUUAGAAAAUCCCAGCCUGUCAUUCCCGCAGUUGCUUGGCUAGUUUUCAGUUACCUACAAUAUGACUACGAUACUUCAGCUAUCCUUUACACCAAAGUUACUUUUCUCCACUAUCCAUAGUAAUCCAUAUUUCUUUUGUUUUUUGAUUUUCGGUAUCUUGUACAUGGCAGUCAUAUGACUUUUAUAAAACUUCGUUUUAAUCCCUUCGAUAGUCCGAAUACAAUUCUUGUGAAAAUGUAGGAGUUCAGCUGCUCUAUAGACCAGGAAGAAUCUUUUGCAAAUAUGAAAAACCCAAAGGGCUUUAUUCGUCCUUUUCUUUCCUAUUUUAGAAGGAGAACAACGCCUGACGCAAUCAUUUGAGCCUAAGCUGUAUGCAUCUCAAAGUGGUUGGAUUAUACCAGUUUGCUUACCUCGUGCCCAACCGACCGAGGGGCGCUGCCGUAUAUCGCACGGCUCGAUUUGCGAGAAGAUAUACGCGAUAUAGGAAAUAGUAAAGGAACGAGAAGAUAUAUGAAUAUUAGUAUGAUCUAAUAAUGUGUAUUUACACAAAUUAGCAUUGAUCCGUAUACUCUGUAGCAUAGCUCGCAAAUAACAGUUGACCGUUUCUUGCAGUCACCAAAUAAUUGUUUUUUGCGCACCACUUGCGCAAAAAAUCAGCCAAGAACCGUUCACCAGUGUCUCUUGAACGAAUGGUCUGUGCUCAACCAAAAACCAAUUUCGUGUUUCCCUUUUGCUCUGCUCAUUCGCUGACCGUUUUGCAACGAGCGAAGAGAAUAAAAGUCUUUUGCAUUUGCAUUUGUGUAUGCACAUAUAUGCGAAUUAUCAGUCAACUUGUAAGUCACACGUGCUUGUGGAUUCGUUGCGUUUGGAGUGUUUAAAUUUUUGUGCCAAAAAUGGGUCGCGAACAAAACAAAAAAGUGCAUUUUUUUUUCAAAUUAAAUCCAGCAGACAAUAAGUCUAAGUGCAAUGUUUGCGGUGUGAAGUUAGCAGGCUCUCACGCAACAAAUUUAAAACGGCAUUUAAUUGCAAAACAUGCGGAUGUCUUUAAUGAAUUCGAGAUUGACGACGAAAUUCAACAAAAUAUGAAAAAACGAAAAAUUUCAUAUGAAACUAGUGAAGAAUCAAUCGUCUCUUCGAUUAUAAAGAUUGUGACCACCGAUGGAAAGCCUCUUUUAUUUCUGGACAGCGAAGGAUUUCGACAGAUAUUAAACCCAAUUUAUAACGCGCUUUCGAUGAACCCCAUAACUUCGCGAAAUGUUAUGGAAUAUGUGACUGUCAAAGAGCAGACCAUUAAAGAAAAUAUAAGAGCGCUUGUAAAGGGAAAGCUUGUAUCUCUGAAAAUAGAUGUUGCUACAAGAAUGGAUAAGGCUAUUUUGGGAGUGAACUUACAAAUGAUACAAUCUACUAUGUCUAAAGCUGAGAUCGUCAUCAAGACUUUAGGCAUGAUACAACUUCGUCAUUCGCACACUGGAAUGUAUAUUAAGGAAAAAGUUAUUGAGAUCAUAAAUGACUACGGAAUAACCCUAGAUCAAAUCUUCAGGUAAAAUUUUAAUUGCAAAAUAUGUUUUAAAUGACUGUUAUUGAAAACUUAAAACUAUAAUCAAAGCAUUACAUCGGAUAAUGGAAAAAACAUGACAAAAGCCAUUCAAAUUUUAAAUGAUGAUUCGGAGUCUUUUCUUGACGAUGACACACACGAUGACAUUAACGGUGAAAAUGUGAUGGACAAACUUGAUACCAUACAGCUGGCGAAUAUUCACCUUGUAAGGUGUGCUGCGCACACACUUCAACUGUGCGUUAUCGACAUCAACAAGUUAGAUGAGAUCAGCGAAAAAGUUUCAUCAUGUCGCAAAAUUUGUAAGUUAUUGCGUACAGAAACGAAUAGGUAAGUGAAAACUUAAAGUUUUUUAAUAUUAUUUAAAAUUUUUAAAAAUAUUCAAUCUGAGCAGACGUUGGUUGAACGAGGGUAAAAAAAACGUACCAUGUCUCGAUGUAGUUACGAGAUGGAACUCUACAUAUUUAAUGAUAUUAAAAUUGUUAGAUUUAAAAGAGUUCCUUGCUGUACACCGUAGCAUUAGUAUUGAUGCGGACUGGGAUUGGAUGCAGAUAUAUAUUGACGCGUUCAAGGACGCAUACGAAGCAACCUUAAAGUUGCAGCUGAAAAAAUUAGUAUACAGCGAAUUUUUCAUAAUAUGGAUGGAGCUUAAGCUAAAGUGCGAGAACAGCCAAAAUUAUAUUAAAAAAAAAUUACUAGGACAGAUCAAAAUUCGAGAAUGUAAGUUGCUUGAAAAUGAUGCGAUGUUAGCUGCAAUCUAUAUUGAUCCACGCGUUAAUUGCAUCUUAAAUGACCAGCAAAAAUGCUUAGCAAAGCAAAAUCUAAAAAAAAUAGCAUAUCGUUUAUUUGAGCUAAAACAAGUAAGGCUACGUGUGUUUGAAGUUAAGGUCCUGUUUUAUUGUUGUUAAUUGCUAUUAAAUGUUUUAACAAAGUAUAUUGUCCAUGUCAAAAACUAACAAUUGUUUUAAACUAACAUUGCGAAAAUAUGUUACAAUUUAGUUUUUAUUUAAGGUGCAUUCCCCAACACAAAGUGCGCCAUCAUGCGAGGGUUAUAUCCAAGACCUUAAGAAGGAGCUGACAUCUGACGGUGGUGAAUGUGCUGACAAAGAAGAGUCUCUGUUUUCCGCCUAUUUGGAUGGCGUACAGACAAUCUCAGAAACUAAGGAAGAGCCUGUAUCUAAAAAACUGGUCCAGAUCUAUGCUGACAUAGAAAAUUUCGACCUUAUGCAUGGACGUUUGCCACUAAAUGCGAACAUUUUGCAGUACUUUACUGAUAUUAAGCUGCAGUCGCCACACCUGAAUGCGCUCGCACACGUUGCACUGGCUACACCGGCGACGCAGGUGUCUGUUGAGAGGGCCUUUUCAGCGCUUCAUUACAUUUUAAGCGAGCGACGAAGCUCUUUAAGUGCAGAAAAUGUUAAUUCGCUACUAAUUGUAAAGCUUAAUACUGAAUAAGUAAUAAAUCUAAUGUUUUCAUCUAA